AUGAUGCCGGAGGAAGAUGAAGAAUUGACCCCUAGAGGAGGAGGGGGCGUUGGUUGCGGUGAUGGUCAACAGUCCGAGCAUCAACACGUCGAGAAACAGAGCAGCAGCCGCAAUGGAGUAGAUCGUAGCUAUAAUUCGAGUUCGAAUCGGGAUCGCGACAGUCGUUACGAUGACGAUUAUCACCAUCGUUCCAAUCGAGAUCGCGAUCGGGAACGAAGUCACCGUGACCACCGGGAUCAUCGUGACCGGCACCGCGAUCGUGACCACCGUGAUCGAGAUCAUAGUGGCCGGUAUCGGGAUCAUUAUCGCGACCAUCGGGAUGAUUAUCGUGAUCGCCGUGACAAACGUAGCCGAUCACGAUCGAAAGAAUCACGGUCGCGUGAUCGUGACCGUGAUCGGCAUCGGUCGCAUCGGGAUGAUCGUGCAUCACGUGAUGCGCCCCGUCCAGAGCGUACGGUACAGGAUCGUUUAUCGGCAGAAAUCGAACAAGAGCUGGCAAACCUGCGAAGGCAGCAUGAUAUGAAGGAAGCAUUAAAGAAGCAACAGCAACAAGAGGAAGAUAAAGAAAAGGCAUCCAAUAAUGAAGACGAUAGCCAGGAAGAUUCGAAACCUACAAGUAGCGGUAACAGCACGAUCACUGGAACGAAUUUCGUUGGACAUUUUAGAAAACAGAACUCAGCUAGCUUUUUGCCAAAAAAUGAUUCGGGAAAGCCAGUAGAAUAUGUGCCCGAGAUACAAACGGAGGAAGAGCGCAUCGAGUUCCAGCGCAAAAUGCAGGAAAAGCUGCAACAGCACCUUGCAGCCGAGGGUAAACUGUAUCCACCACCAUCUAAACCACAGCGUGAUGCACCAGCCCCUAUGUCAAUGACAGGAUUUGCAAACGAUGGAUCAUUUCUGGAGAUGUUUAAGAAGCUACAACAGCAAGCAACCACUGGCAGCAAUGCACCGACGGUUCCACAGUUGGUGCCGACCGUAGCAACCGCUAUCCCGCCGGGUGUAAAGCCUAUGAUGGUUCCUACCGCUGCUUUACCGAGAAUGUCUCUCGUCGCACAAAAAGCGGGUCCAUUUAAAAUGGGUCCCGCCGUAUCUACGGCUGCAGUGUCGCAGGUGGUGAAAUCUUCGACAAUAGACAAGGAACCUCCACCACCGGUGUUGCCCGUCUUUGGACGAAGGCGGGGUGGAAAAAUCCUGAAGACUGGAAUGGUUAAGAAGGUUCGUCCGGUCGAAGAAUCGACGGCAGACGCGCCAAACGAUGCCUGGACGCUUUACCUGCAGGAGGUCAAGAAGUACAAAAGUGCUUCUUGCGAUGCAGAUUCGAAAACGCGUCCCCUGGUCAAAUAA